AGCCGACGGGUGUAGUAAGAUGUCUGCCGCGUCGUUUUUUAGUUUUAAAAUGUAAAAAAAAUAUAUAUAUAUAUUCGGAAACAUUUUAAACACACAAAACCUGUCCAGUUUACAUCACGACGAACUGAGCACGAGAGUAGGACAACGCACGUGCAGCCGGCAGUGUAAGCUAAAGCUAGCUUAUCAUCGAUAUGGACUGAUUUUAUUCAGACGGAAAAUUGAUGAUGGAGUCGCUGCCAUCUUUGCCCCUGAGUGUGGGUGUGUGUCUGUGUGACUCCGCCCCCUUGGUGUGGCGGGUAGAGGACCUGCGAGCUGUGCGUUCACAUGGCCUGGUGGGAACGCUGCUCGGCGCACUCCCUCGAACACCACAGCAAAAUGGGCGACUGGGCCGUCCGCUGCUGCUGCUGCCGGAGGAAGAGAGACUGCUCGCUGAACGCCACCUCGCCGCCGCCUUUCCUCCAACUCAGCAGGGCGGGAGCGGGGUGGAGCAGCGAGAUGACUACGAGGAGCUGCAGCAGAGGAGCUACGGGGAGCAAAGCACUCUGGCUCUGCAUGACAGGAAGGGGGCACUGCUCCGAGCAUUGACCGCCAAGCACUCAGAGGCUGCAGGUCAGAGCACCGAAGAGGCCAUUCGGCGCCGUCUGGAGAACCUGGACCAGAGCUUUUCUUUCCCACGUUCAGCGAUGGCGGUCCAGCUGAGCACGAGUCGCGCGGGUCUGACCUGCUGCUCGGAGGCCCGUGCCUUCCUGCAGGCCAGCUGGCCAAUCAGAACACAGGACAGCCCCCACAGCAACACUCGCUACCAGGUGUUCAGAAACCUGAGGGGGCGGGGCUUUUAUCUGACCUCAGCAGGGAAGUUUGGAGGAGAUUUCCUUGUUUAUCCAGGUGACCCCCUUCGUUUCCACGCUCACUUCAUUGCCGUGUGUCUGACCCUGGACGAGUCCGUCCCCCUGCUGGACGUCCUCGCUGUGGCUCGGCUGGGAUCUAACGUGAAGAAAACGGUCUUGCUGUGCUCGCCGCUGGAGGACGGCAGUGUGACGUACACGUCUCUGCAGUGGAGCGGGAUGGUCUAACACGUAUGAGCUGGACCCUACGUGUCACUCGGACAGACUCCAGACUCCUCCCCUCAGAGUUUAAGGUCCUUAUAGCUUUAAGCAGAGUCAAAUCAAGGGGGCGGAGCCAAAACAGUUGAGUCCACAAAAUAUCUUUUAUUAUUCUUACUCUAUUUUAUUUUAUUUUAUUUUUUGUGCAGUCUUAAUUCCAGGUGGCACCUUGGCCAUAAACUUUGCUAUUUCUGUUAAAGGUGAGAAUGACGGUUUGUUUGUUCUGUGCAGGUGACCCGGUGUCACAGACCGAACGGUCCACCCCUAAAAAUCGCUCCGCCCUGCCUUCACUGCACGUACGUCAUUUAAGACCUCAGCAGCUCGUCUAAGGCGGAGUCUCUUCACCCAAAGCGAUCAAGGGGAAUAAUGUGAUUAUUAACCAUCAGAUGACAAAGUGAAACCUCUUAAAUCAUUAGAAAGUCAGUUUGAAACAGAAACGAGGCGAAAUUCU